AUGAAUCGGGAACUACCUAGUGGAAAAUGGCAGUGGUACUACGCCGACCAUGCCUUCGUGCCGGAGAACCACCUUAAGUUCCGUCAGGACAUCACUCGGUGGCUUCUUGCACGACAGGGUAAGCCCGAGAUCGGCGCCGAUGGCCAACCAACGGAGCUCACUGAGGUCCAACAGCGACUCAUCCGCGACUCCCUGACGCGCCGCAACCGGUUUCUCUGGGUGCAGACCGAGUCCGCUCGGAUCUAUACGGAGGAAGAGAAAAACGAGGCUUUCGCCACGGGGGCACCACUUCGGGCACCCCCUGAGGCCAAUGCUGUCCUUGAGGCAGCCCGGCAACCCCCCCGCGAGGAGAUCAUCGAUCCGGUCACUGGCAAGUUCGACUGUCCAUGUUGCUUCCGCAGACUCCCAGCCCGAUACCUGGAGUUGAAGGUGUGGUGGAAGCAUGUCGAAAGCGACGUUGGUAGUGCGACAUGUUUGUUGGACCGCUGCCUGAUGAAGCCGCAGCCGUUUGCUAUUGAUCAGUUGUACGAUCAUGUUCGACUCUAUCAUGACCCGGAGAAACUAUGGACGCUGCGUGACAUUGACUCGGCGCGGCGAUUUCCCCUCGAUCCCUUUCCGGAGAACUGCCCAAUCUGUGACUAUACGGAUGAUGAUAAAGAGCGGGUCGUGACUCAUAUCUGCAAGGAACUCCGAUUCUUUGCGUUGAUGGCGCUGCCAUGGGCGACCGACCAGAUGCUGAUCGUCGGGCAACAGUGGCAGGAGGAGGUCGAUCGCUUGUGGCCUUCUCACUGCAAUGUGCUACCUUGUGGUACUUGGUCGAACGACGAGGCCUGGGCCAAGCGGGCGGCGAAGAAGCGAAUCCUUCAAGAGAUUCAUGAACUCAAUCUGGAGGAUUCGUAA